GCCAGACACGCGACACUGAGAAGGAGCGAUUUGGUAUCGUGAGAUUGUUAAUCUUCUCUUCCAAACCUCGAAGUUCUUGUCAUAUCCCACCUUUCUCGAGCUUCGGGAACCGCGAUUUUCCUAAAUCAGAUUGUUGUCAAAAUGUCGUCCAAACACUACUUCCCCGAAACAGCAGUCAACACACUCGUCCCCCAGGCUCUCUCAGCCCUCGUCUCCGCAAACCCCUCUCUGGCACUGAUUCGCUCCCAGCGAGUGGUCCUAAACCUUUCUCAUCGUCCCUCUCAAGUCUCUUUAAUCUCCGGCGGCGGCAGUGGUCACGAACCCGCUUGGUCGGGUUAUGUUGGCGAUGGACUUUUAUCGGCAGUAGCAUGUGGCGAUAUAUUCGCCAGUCCAAGCAUGAAACAAGUUCUCAGUGCUAUUGCAGCUGUACCGAGUGAGAAAGGGACGAUUCUUCUGAUCACGAAUUACACUGGGGAUAAAUUGCAUUUCGGUCUUGCGGCCGAGAGGGCGCUGGAGAAGGGCUUUGCGGGGAAGUGUGUUGUGCUGCCGGCGACGGAUGAUGUGUCGAUUGGGAGGAGUAAGUGUGAGAAAGUCGGGAGAAGAGGGUUGGCAGGAAAUGUUAUUACUAUGAAGAUAUUGGGAGCAGCUGCGGCAAAAGAGUAUAGUUUUGAGAGGUGCGUUGAGAUUGGCAAGGCUGUGAAUGAGCAAUUGGUUUCCAUUGGAUCUGCGCUUGAUCAUUGUCAUGUGCCGGGUAGGCAAAACCAUGAUGAGAUUGGAGAUGAUGUCUGUGUUAUUGGAGCUGGAAUCCACAAUGAGCCUGGUGCUCAGAAAAUAUCUCCAUUCCCGUCGGUUGAGGAUCUGAUCUCACAGCUUUUGACGUUAAUAUGCGACCCGAAUGAUCCGGAGAGGGGAUUCGUCAAGUUCAAUAAAAACGACGAUAUUGUUCUGCUGAUCAAUAAUUAUGGCGGACUCUCGAAUCUUGAGCUUGGGGCUCUCACCCAACAGACACUUGAUCAGUUAGAAACUAAGCGGGAUAUAAAGCCCACCAAGAUAUAUUCUGGAUGCUUCGAAACGUCCUUGAAUGGACCUGGCUUCUCAAUAACACUGUGCAACCUGACCCUUGCAGCAAAGGAGAGCAAGACCUCAGUGGAGGAGUUAAUGCAACUCCUUGGAGCCGAAACGAAAGCGCCAUCAUGGCCAAACGUACUUUCAAAUACUUCAACCAAAAUUGCUCGUAAAGACACCCCUGCGAUAGAUCUGGAGAAAGAGGUUGAAAUAAAAUCCAAUGAGGAUAUUCAAGUUGAUCCAAAGUUGCUAGAUUCGGCAGUAAGACUAGCUUGUGAAAGAGCUAUUGCAGCCGAGCCAAAUCUGACUAAGUGGGAUAUGGUGAUGGGUGACGGAGAUUGUGGUGAAGCAGUGAAAGGCGUUAGCGAGGCUAUCUUACAGAUUCUUGAUAACGGAGGUGCCAAAUCUGGAUCAGUCCUGAGCUUGCUCCAUACGGUAACGAAUGCUGUAGAUGAUAUGGGUGGGACUUUGGGGGCCAUAUUUGGCAUUCUACUUGCCGCAUUCGCCGUCUCUUUAAGACAUCACAAGUCGAACACCAAGUCAGACAAUCUCAUCAAUAUCUUCGCUCCCGCACUAGCUCAAGCAGUCGAGAGUCUGAAGCAACACACUGGUGCUCGUGUGGGGGACCGAACGGUAAUGGAUGUCCUGCUUCCAUUCUCAGAGACUUUAGAGAAGGAAAGGAGUAUGGAAAAGGCAGUAAGGAGUGCCGAGACAGCUGCAGAAGGGACAAGAGAGCUGAAGCCAAAGUUUGGGAGAGCAAGCUAUGUUGGAGCGGGUGGAGAUGAGCAAAAGUUGCCGGACCCAGGUGCUUGGGCGCUAAUGGAGAUGGUGAAGGGUAUCCAUGAUGGUGCUCUGGGUACAAAAAAAUGAAGAAGACGGGUAAUAGGACAUGCGGCUUGUAUAUAUAAUUCGUCGGCUCUGUAGGAAUUUCUCGAAUUGUGUCUGGGCUUCAUUUUCCAUUCUCGUGAGAAGCUGACCUACAGCUCUUUGAACCUGCUCUUUCACCUCGCCCAGCUCUCCAGCUGCUGUAUAUUCUCCAUUACGAGUCGAGGACAUCUUGGGGUCUUCAUGGUCGUUCU